AUGGCAGCAGAAACCGGUGAGCCUCGCGAGUCUUCCUCCUUCCCCUCUACUAUCACUAAGAAUCAUCUAGUUCUCCGUCUUCACGAGAAACUCUCCCCGUGCUCCACUUUGAUUGAAAGUGGAGAUGAGAAAUCAGUAGCAGAACUGGUAGAUUUUAUCAAUUCAGUUUCCGAUUCUGCUUUAUCGAAUCUCGAAGACACUGAUGCACGACAAAAUGCAGUUGAAGUUCUCUCCGAAAUCCACAAGUUUUUACUUUUUCCAUCGGUAGAUCAGGCGGUUAUUGAUGCACUAUCAUUUGAGCUACCGAAGGCGGUCUCAAAGUUUGCAGGAUUGUCUGAUGAGUGCUUGAAGAUUGCUGAUAAUGUUGUUGAUCGUUUCAUUGAAAUGUGCAGUCCGCGGGAUAUGCUUCCGAUGCUUUGUGAGGCAUUGGAUUCUUGGAAUGGGAUGAUUCAUCCAUAUGAUUAUGUUGCUCCUCUUCUAAGUGGGAUCUCAAAAGUAUUCCUUGCCCUACAGAGGCGCCACUUUGAGCAAGUAAAAGCUGCAAUUCCUGUCAUCCUAAAUGUUUUGAAGGCUGUGUGUUCAGAGUUCCGUGCUAGGGAUACAGAAUGUUUGAAUUUGUUUAUCAGAGCCUUAGGAGUUGCUGAUUCUAUACGAGAAAUUUGUGCGAAAUUGGAGGGCAGAGUACUUGAAAAGCUUCGAGAUGUACUUGGUUCAUACAUUUUACAAAUCAUGGUUAGCGCUCCUGCUGCUGGGGAAGAUAUGUCAACCGUCAAGGAUGAACUUCUAAGUAACCAAACUAAGAGGUGGCAAGCCAUAGGCAUGUUAAAGCACAUAUUCUCAUCUGUUGAUUUCCCCUGGGAAUUAAAGAAACAUGCCAUUGACUUCUUGCUUUGCAUUACUGAUGGAAAUAUCACAAGAAACUGCAAUGACGAAGACACCGACUGCUAUAUAUAUAUGCCUGAUCUCUAUACUGCUUUGCAGGCUAUUACAAUGCUCAUCAUGUACACACCAGAUACUGUGCUAAGGAAGAAUGCUUUUGUAGCAUUGAAAAGGGUAAGGGUUUGGAAGAGAGCCAAUCUUGUUAGAAGCGAUUUGUACAGGGAAGGUUUCCAAAGAACAACAGGGAAAGACGAGGAAAUGCAAGCAAGUAAAGCCGCACCACAUUGGGUUACUUGUGCCCUUGAAUUGGUAGAGCUAGUUCUGAGGCCUCCAAAGGGAGGACCUCCAUCCUUUCCUGAGCAUGGUGAUGCGGUUCUCGCUGCCCUCAAUCUGUACAGAUUUAUAUUGAUGACAGAAUCAGCAGGGAAAACCAACUACACUGGAGUUCUCUCCAAGAAAAAUUUGGAGAAAGUUUUGAAUGAAUGGCUCCUACCACUUCGAGCCCUUGUGACUGGCAUCAUGGCAGAGAACAAGGAUGAUCAUGAUCCAUUUGCAAUGGACACAAACAAAAACCUUGCUGCAAUCCAGAUCACGGUAGAACAGCUUCUACGUGAGGCACGCGAACACCAGAAGGCAGAAACACUCCUGCCAAUCAAGCAGACUAUUGCAGACUCAUUGGAGUUGGAAGAUUACAACUCCGCAAGAGAAAGGAAUUGGAAGGCCUGA